AUGGCUGCUGCCGUGGCCGCAGUCUCUGCGGCCACGGGAGCCCUCGCAACGAGUUGGUUUCUAGUAAACUUAAGAUGUGGUCAAGCUACGUUUCUUCGGCUAUGUGAGGCCCUCCGCCGUGAGCUCCGCGAUUUCGAACUCGACCGCUUCGUUAAAGAGCACACAUUUGAAGAGAAAGCUGCAUGUCUACUCUUUUUCCUUGGUUCGCUGGGUGGUUAUAGAGAAACCACAGCAGCAUUUGCAGUAUCCAAGAAAUCUCUGCCCAAAUUUGCUGCCUUUGAAGCUAAAGGCGGGAUUCCCGGCGUAGUAGGUGCUUUCGAUGGAUCGUUGGUGGAGAUUAACAGGCCGGACGACUUCGAAGGAUAUUAUUGUCGGAAGAUGCACCCAGCUCUUAUCGUACAAGCUGUUGCCAAUGAUAAAAUGCAAUUUAUGAGCGCAGAUAUUCGUCCUGGUUCAUGGUCUGACCAAAAAACAUGGCGCGCAUCUGCAUUGAGUUCUAGGAUUGACAGCUACUUGCCUACUGGAACCCAUUUUCUUGGAGACGCGGGCGAGUGUCUGACGCGCAAGCAGCUACGGUACAGCUAUCUGCAUUCGCGAUCACGAAUGGCAGUUGAAUGCAGUUUUGGCCUUUGGAAAGGUCGUUUUCGUAUUGUGAAUUGUUGUCUCAACACUAAAAGCGUUGAGGAGCCGUGGAUAUUUUUUCUGAGAGAUGCGGGCUCACGAAAACGAGAUUCUAUUCUGGCCAUUACAGAAGUAUUUGCUUCAUAUUAG